UCGGAGAAUUGAUAUUUGAGAACAAUUUCUCUAUCAAAUGAUAUCAAACUUCUUCAAUAUUCCUCCAAACACUUUAUUUUGGAAUACUUUCCUUUCUAAAUUGUUACCAUGGAUCCCUUUAGAGGUCAGGGUGGCAUUCAAAUGCUUCUAACUGCUGAACAAGAAGCCCAACACAUUGUUACUAAUGCAAGAAACUUAAGGACUCAAAGAUUGAAGCAAGCUAAAGAAGAGGCUGAGAAGGAGGCAGCUCAAUAUAGAAUUCACAUGGAAGAUGAAUACCAAAAGUCACUUUCAGAGACCACUGGGAGCUCAGGAUCAAAUGUAAAAAGGCUUGAUCAAGAGACAGAUGCUAAGAUUAGAAACUUAAAGAAAUCAGGUUCAAAGGUCUCAACAGAAGUUGUUGACAUGCUACUCAAAUAUGUUACAAAUAUUAAAACAUAAUGGCUUAUAAGGAUUCAGUAAUUGAUGAUUAUGCAAUAUAAGAAGUCAUCACCUACAAUAAAACAAGCAAAACUAAGAAGAUUCAUUUGAGUUCACUAUGGGUUGCCAUUGCAUGAAGACUAUAGCUACAAACUCCUGCCUCAAACAACCAUCACUUGUCUUGUCACAAAGUGAACGAAAGUGUUGUUUUUCUCUCCUAGUUACUAUAUAGUACAUAUUUAGUAAUAUAUUUUAUAUUAUUAAUAAUAUUUAAGGGAGCAUGUUUUUCUUUUCAUGAAUUUAUGUGUAAUAACUCCAAUCAUCAUGUAAGGUAAGAGACUCAAGUUCUCAAAAUAUUUUACCAUUAGUGAAGACAA